AUGAAGCUGGACAAUCCGCCAGCUACAGAUAUCGUGACGGCCGCUUCCAUUAAGCUGACGGAGAUCAGACGUCUGAAGCACCGGGAGUAUGUGAAAAAAUCGUAUAAGAAAAAGCUUACAACACUUGAUAGUCUUCGACGAGAGUUAGAGGAACUGGACAAACAGCAUUCCACCAUGCUGCUGUCGGAAAGUAGCAACAAUCAGCGACGGGACGAACGCCCCAGCGUCAAGAAUGUUACUAGCAUUACGAAUUCGCUUAUGGAAAAGUAUUUGCGAGCCACAGAGCUCAAGAAAUGGUAUCAGCACGAGAAUCACCGACUGUACCAGCUUAACGCUUGCUACAUGAAGAUUGAAAGCCGUAUGGGUCAAUUAUUGGACUCUGAAGCUACUAAAGCACCGCUUCCUGGACUUUGUAAUGUUUCGCAGUAUCAUAUUCAUCCGCUACCUGACAUAUUAUACAUGAAAAUUAUUAAUGACACAAUAUGUGACGUGCUUCGUUUCGCCCGUAGUUCUGAGAAGUUAAGCACUGGCGCCCGUGUUUUUGGCUGGAUCGAUCAGCGCGAGGUUAUCGGACGUACUUUAAAAUUUGCACUUCAAAAGCAGUUUAGUCUUAGUCCUCGUGAUUUGCUGCAACGGAGUUGGUCAAUUUUUUCGAACCCACUGGAAUUUCCAAAAGUUUACGGCUCAGCUUUAAAAGCACAAUUUCAUUUGCUGCAGCAAAUAGAUGCUGACACAAUACUCUUCUACCGACGUAUUACAGUACCGGCAAAUGACACACGAGCAGUCAAAACAGUGUUUUUGCUUUCGAGAAGGCAGGUUGAAGAGGGUUAUUUGCUACUCUUUCGAUCAAUUGAUAAGGAACUCGUGCACUUUAAAGAGGUUGAUGGUGGUGGUUUGAAUAACAUUGAUGGACAAUCUGCGGCAGCACUCAAGUCAAUACCUUCCGAUACGUGGGUUGACAUGUACAUCUGGGUUUUGUUUUACGAGGUACCCGAGAAGCCUAAAGAUUGCUUGUUUCACUUUGGUGGAACUGCCACUACGACACUUUGGCUACGUGAAGUUUUAUUCAUCGCGGUUCGAUGGGAAGGCAUGGCUGUCGGAUCGCAAUUUUCACUUACAGCCGAAUGA